AUGGCUACUGGGAAGGCUUCUAAGAAGUCUAGCGGCGACAAGAAGCAGAAGGCUGCAUCGACAGAAAUUCCGCAGCUUGAGCUAGUAAAGAAGUUCCUCAAGAAGAAGGGCGAGAAGGAUGCUGUCACCAAGAUUGACGAGGAGUUUGACCAAUGGUGUGCGUCGCCCAUGAGCGACAACGAUUCUGAGGCCAGCGACGAUGAGGAAAGCGCGUCCAGCAGCGACUCAAGCAGCGAGUCUGAGGUAGAGGCAAAGCCAAAGAAGGCCAAGAAGACCGCUGGAAAGAAGGCGGCUGCGAAGGACGAUGCUUCCAGCUCAUCGAGUUCCUCCGACUCUAGCUCCGACUCUAGCUCCGACUCUUCCAGCUCCAGCUCCGAUUCCGAUUCCGAAUCUGAGAAGGAAAGCGCGCCGGCGAAACCCAAAGCGAAGAAGGCCAAAUCCGUGUCUUCAUCCUCUGCUUCCUCCUCCAGCGACUCGAGCGACUCCGAUAGCAGCUCUGAAGAAGAGCCCGCCAACGUCCCGCUUCCUGACUCCGACUCGUCCGAUGCCUCCAGCGACUCUUCGUCCAGCGAUUCAGAUAGCGAUUCGUCUAGCGACAGCAGCUCCGACUCAGAAGCCGAGAAGAAGAAGGACACAAAGGCGAAGAAGAGCAAGAAGGCUGCUUCGGUCUCAUCUUCGUCUGCCUCGAGCUCCUCGGACUCUUCAGACUCUAGCGACUCUAGCUCCUCCGACAGCGACUCGGACGAAGAGCCAGCCAAGACGAAGAAGGCCAAGAAGAGCGGAAAGAAGGCUGCCACACCCUCAUCCUCGAGCGAUUCCAGCUCCUCCGACAGCUCUUCGGACAGCUCUUCGGACAGCUCUUCGGACAGCUCUUCGGACAGCUCCUCCGAUUCCGACAGCGACGACGAGAAGAAACCCGCAGCGCUCGAGCGCAAGGCCUCUGGCAGCGACUCGUCUCAGACUUUGCCAGCAACAUCCCCCGAGCCAAAGAACAACAAGCGCAAGGCCGGCUCUCCUUCACAAGACGCUCCCAAGUCAAAGCGAAGCCACGUCGAGAACCGAUUCCAGCGCAUCAAGCCCGACGUCGUAGUCGACCCCAACCUCGCAAGCAACGCCUACGUUUCUUACGAUUACGCCGACCGCGCGCAUGCCAAGUUGAUCGUCACCAAGGGCAAGGGCUUCACCAAGGAGAAGAACAAGGGAAAGAGGGGCUCGUACAGGGGUGGCAUGAUUGACACCUCUGGCGGCAAGGGCUUCAAGUUUGAGGAUUGA